AUGGAAAAAGCAUUUGCUGUCUUAAGAUGCCGGGACGAUGAAAAACUUUUGUUUGCAUCAUACAUGUUGCAAGGAGAAGCAUUUAAUUGGUGGCAGAUGUUGGAGCAUAAAUUUGAGCAUGAUGGGGAACCUCUCACUUGGGAUAAAUUUCGAAAAGCAUUCUAUGAUAAAUAUUUUCCUCGGAGUGUAAGGACACAGAAGGAACAAGAAUUUAUCCAUUUGAAGCAAAGGGGCAUGACAGUGGCCGAAUAUGAAGCCAAAUUCACAGAACUAGCCAAAUUUAUUCCGAAAUUGGUAGAGGAUGAGCAAGACAGAGUGCACAAGUUUGAGAUGGGAUUGAAGACUGAAAUUAGGAAGCAAGUGGUACCCUAUGAGUUGACUACCUAUGCAGCUGUGGUGAAUAAAGCUUUAAUCAUUGAAAGGGAAGUCAACGAAGCUUUUGCUGAAAGAGAAAGAAACCAAAAGAAAAGAAACAGACCUGCUGAAUUUAAAGGGGGAAACAAGAAUUUCAAGAAUCCAGCUCAGAAGCCAAAUAAAGAUAGAAAUCCCAAAAAUGAGAAUGGAAAGUGUUCAAGAUGUGGCGGUAAUCAUGAAUUUGCAAAUUAUCCCUGGGUUACAGGUUCUUGUUUUCAUUGCGGACAGAAAGGUCAUAAAAUUGCAGAUUGCCCACAAAGAAACGAGAUUAAAUCUACGUGGGCAAUGGAAGGAAGCCAGAGGCCAAAGACUCAAGGAAGGGUGUUCGCACUUACACAGCAGGAUGCACAAGCUUCUAAUGCAGUGGUGACAGGUACUAUUCCCGUAUUCGAUAUUUAUGCUUAUGUCUUAUUUGAUCCGGGUGCCACACAUUCAUUCAUAUCCUCAAGCUUUAUCAAAACACAUAAUAUAUUGUGUGAAUCUAUGACCACUAAGUUCUAUGUGGAGACGCCAGUAGGUGGUAUGUUGAGCACUGAUGUUAUAUGCAAGGCAUGCAAAAUUGAAAUAAUAGAUAGAAAAUUACCUGUGGAUCUAAUUGUACUUGAUAUGCGGGAUUUUGAUGUCAUUCUGGGGAUGAAUUGGCUUGCUACCUAUCAUGCCUCAGUGGACUGUCAUGGCAAGAGGGUAAAUUUUCAAAUUCUGGGGGAACCGGCAUUCAGUUUCUGUGGGAACCAGGGAACUGCUUUUCCUCAUAUUAUCUCGGCUUUGCAAGCUGGACGAAUGUUAAGGAAAGGAUGCACAGGUUAUCUGGCCUCAGUAAUUGAUAUACAACAAGAUGAACUAAAGAUAGAGGAUAUUUCUAUAGUGAAUGAAUUUUCGGACGUCUUUUCCGAGGAGUUAUCAGGAUUGCCACCGGACAGAGAAAUUGAAUUCACUAUUGAUCUUGUACCUGGUUCAGGUUCGAUUUCUAAAGCUCCUUAUCGAAUGGCCCCAGCUGAAUUAAAAUAA